GCAUUACUGCUCCUGAGUUUCAGUGAGUAGUUACUCAUGACUUCAGGAUUGCCUUCAGUCAGAAAUCUUGAAGUGCAGCUUUGGUGGGUGGGUCUCUGAAGAAUUUGAAAGAGUUGUGCAGAUGGGGCGUGUUUACUUCUGUCGAAGUAGUGACUGCAAUGCCUCUUCGUGGCUAAUGUGUGUGUGUUCUCUUUGGCUGCAACAUCAUAAAGCAUGGCGCAUAUAUUAAAGACGCUCAACAGCUGGUUCUGGUGGGAGAAUAUUUGGAUGCCAAUCAAUUGCACAUGGGCAGAUUUCGUAGACCGCGAUGGCCUCGUCUUUCCAAAGCCACAACAGUUGUAUGCCACAAUACCAUAUGCUUUUGUAUUGCUGAUUAUCCGGUUCUUCACUGAAAGAUACGUUGCUAUUCCUCUAGCAAAAGCCUUAGGUAUAAAGAAUGUGAGACGUGUGAAGCCGCAGCCUAAUCCUGUUUUAGAGAGUUAUUUCCGGGAGUGCUCAAGACAUCCAUCUCAAUCAGAGAUUCAAGGCCUUGCCAAAAAGUGCAACUGCACAGUCCAUCUGGUGGAAAAGUGGUUUAGGAGACGGCGAAACCUUGAGAUCCCAACGGUGCUUCGGAAAUUCCAGGAAGCUUUCUGGAGAUUUUCAUUCUAUUUUGCAUCCUCCAUUGCUGGAUUUAUAUUUCUGUAUGAUAAGCCUUGGUUGUACGACAUAUGGCAGACGUGGGUUGGCUAUCCAUUUCAGACUAUGCUGCCAUCUCAAUAUUGGUACUACAUGGCUGAGAUUAGUUUCUACUGGUCUCUCUUAUUUACACUUGGGAUUGAUACCAAAAGGAAGGAUUUUUUGGCUCACGUCGUUCACCACUUUGCAGCCAUUGGGUUGAUGAGUUGCUCUUGGUGUGGCAAUUACUUGCGUAUUGGAACACUGGUGAUGUUUGUGCAUGAUACUGCAGAUUUCUGGCUUGAGGCAGCCAAAAUGUUUAAUUAUGCUCGCUGGGAGAAAACCUGCAAUAUGCUUUUUUUCAUCUUUUCUAUCGCAUUCUUCAUCACAAGAAUCAUCCUGUUCCCCUUCUGGAUUCUGCGUGCCACGUUGUAUCAACCUACAUUCUACUCCACCACUCCAGUCAUAGCAUAUUUCUUAUUCAAUGGGCUGCUAUUGACCCUUCAAGGCUUACAUUUAUAUUGGGGUUACUUGAUCUUCAAGAUUUUGAAAAGGUUCAUUUUCUUAAAGGACUUGAAAGAUGACCGGAGUGAUGAAGAGGAAGAAGAUUCUGUAACGGAUAAUGAAGAGGAGUCCACAAAGAAUGGCAAUAAGAAUGGCUGUGGGUCAGGCAAACAUCUCCUUACCAGCAGUCACCACUAGCCCCCUCAUGCCUCACCUCCUGCAGCGAUUUCUACUCUGUUUUUAACCCAACUUAUGGGAUAAAACCUAAGUCAACACACUUAGGAGACACUGAUUGAUUUAUUGUUGGCUACUGGGCCUGGAAAAAAGCCCAGUAAAUGGGGAGGGGAAAAUUGCAUAAGAUGACAAAAUGUGUUAAUGACCCACUUUCUGAAUCAUUGCUUAGCAUUUGGAAAGGUGCUUGGACACAGACUGCUCCACUCUCACAGUGCUCUACAAGGUGGAAGUGUCAGAUCGUUUAGUGUCCCAUUGAUUUUAACUGUUUUUCAGUCUGAUCAUCAGUUUCAUCAAGCAGUUUCAUUCAUAGGUGCUUCAUGGGAGGUACCUAGUGUGAACUCCAUCAGGAGACAGAGUUACUCGAUGCGGGGAAAAAUGACAGCGGUGUAGGUUGACUAAUGUUGUAUCUUUACUUUUCAGUUUAAAAUCUCAUUAAAAUGGCUAUUUUUUACGAGUUUGAUCUUGUUUUGAUCUUGAUGGAAGCUAAUGUGGAGGAAUUCAAGCAAUUUGCUUCCAAAGAGUUUGCUUUACUGUAGAAGCCUGGUUUAUCUCUAGAGCCUGCUGUAUGUAGUUCAAAUACUGUAUGAAGAGAUGUUUUGAAACGUACCAGUGAAGAAAAUCACACAGCAGUUCUCCCCCGAACUCCAGGUUUCACAAAUGUCUUUCAUCACAGCUGUCCUGGAUGUUAGAACAGAAGGUGCAGUGAAUGAAAAUUGGGUCUUCUCACAGGUUCUUUUGCACUUCUUAUUUGCUCGCAGCAUGGCUGAACACCCGAGAUCUCAACACAUUUACAGCCCAGAAGAUUAAGGAUUAUUCUGUCCUGUUUUGUGUAAGUUUGUCUCACAGUGAUGUCGGAUGACUGCCUUGGAGCAAAUCUGUUUUGUAGCUGCUGUGCAUCACUGCAUGUAUCUGGUCACUGGGAGAGUGUGGGCCGAGCGAGGAAUGUCACAUCAUCAGUGCAGUGUAUUCAUCUGAUUUCAGAAUCUGUCCAUCUCUGCCCUUUUGGAAAAUAGUGAAUCACAUCAGCUGGAGCCAAGCGUGGAUGCAGGUGGCUGAGAUAGCAUCGUUAGUCUGUGAGAAGUGUAAGAACAGAGCAUGGCGUCUCGGUUCCCCUUUCCACGCACACUUCAUCAGUUUGCACUUUUGUUCUAGUGCUAGUGCAGAGUUUUUAGAGCCGGGGCUUUACAAGGAGACCCGUGUUCCCUUGAACAGUGGUACCUGAUGCAUUUGGCUUACUGGAUGCUAAUUGAUUUGUCACAAGUUUUAAAGGUGAGAAGAGCUCUUGAUUCUACAGUAGCUGAGACCAUCUGGUGGAACAAAUCCAGUGGCUUGCGAGACCGGGGGGACCACAGCUAAAACAUCCCCAGUGCAGAGCCAUCAGUUUGGGAAGGCUUCUUUCCCCUUAAGGCUGCUCAGCAGGCACUUGGUGACCUACAGGAAGCACAACAUGAGCGAUUUCUUUGCCAAGGAGAUCUUGAGAAAAUGGGGAUAUAAUUCAGCAACUGAAGCAUUUGUAAGAAUUGGAAACGUUUGGGAUCUCAGAUACAAAGAAAAAAGGUUUUUUUCUGAACAGUUGCAAAAAACUGUGGGACUGCUUUGUUAGAGAGGCUUGCAGUUGGAAAUAUCUCUUGAGGUGCUGAACUAGGCUGUGUUUAAGUUUUUACUUACAUUUUGGACAACGUACUCCCCAAAUCUUUGUGUUUACCACAAAGGCAAUUACACCAAGAAAGGAGUAUGGCCACAGCUUCUGAGAAGGACUGGAGAUGGGCAGUAGUGGGAAGGGAUUCCUGUGCAGCACUUGUAGAUAAGUAGUGCUGCUCAUGUGGAGCAGGCAAAAUUCCCUCAGUAGUUGUUGCACAGCAUCGUGUUUCCUUACACAGCUGUAGAGAAUACCUUAAAUGCUGCAGUGUGGAUUUAUUGGAAGCUUAAGUACUUAUUACAUCAUCUAAAGCAACCGGUAAAUUUGGCAGGGUCACAGCUGCUUAUCGGGACCUGUUUAUGGCACACAUGAAAAGAAAUGGCCUUUCCUAAAAAAAAAAAGGUAGAAAUCCAAUGUCUUGGAGGAUUUACACUCCCGUUCAAAGCAGCGGAGACAAUGAUGCUUUCCACAAGACACAACGGGAUUUUGGGAGGUGGCCAGGAUAUUAUCAUUUGAUUUUGAUGCCAGAAAGCUUUCCUACUAUGAAUAGGAAAGGAAUUCAGGGAAGGAAACACGAAGAAUGGUGCUGUCACAGGAGCGAGCCUCUGUACUACUACUGAAUUUUAAACUGGAAUUUAUAGUUUCUUUGAGGCCAAAUCUUGCCCUUCUUAGUCAGACAAGUCUCCCACUGAAGCCAAUUAGCUCUACUGGAGUUUAGCCUAGAUAAAAUUUUGGAUUGCAGACAGGCAACGUAAUUACAUUUGUUUUAAACCUACUUGAAAUUAGGGUCUUACAGGGAGAGCAGAAGGCAGAUAAAUACCUUUAAACUUAAAACGUUGAGGCUUGUUUUGAGUGAGUAUGGAAGAAUAUGAAAGCAAAGACUGUCCGGAAGGCAAAGAUUAUGAGUGCAGUAAACAACCAAGAAACUCCACGGCGUUGCAUCCAGGGGCACGGGAAGUAGGAAGGCCAUGGAAUUCCAUCGGGGCGUUCAUCUGCUGGCCAACCAAUUGUUGGCACAAAGCAGCAGGUGCUGCAGAUAAAUACAGAAACAGGAGCAGUCUGUCGCCGUGGGACAGGACGCUGUGUGCUGUGCCGACGUCACAUUGGUUGUUCCUGAAAUUACACAGGUGUAAUUUUCUGCUGUUUGCUGAUAGAAACUCAGAAACAAGAAGCUGAGAUAAUGGAAAAUAGUUCACACUGAUCGACUAAAGAAAUGAAUGCCUCGAUGCUUUGAGAUUUUCAAUCUGUUCAAUGCCCUUCACAUCCUUUGGAAAUAUUACUGCCUCAAUAAGGCAGUGCGAAACGGCGGGAGGUAAUGCACAGCAACAGGAGAUGGCAGAGUCACAAAGUGAGGCCUGCCUUAAUGCUUUACGCUGGGCAUUUGAGUUUGCCGUGUCUCUUUGACCAUGCAAAAUAUUUGAUAGAAUUGUAAACUAGAACAUGAAGUUGUAGCCCAUCAGCAUUAGCAGAAACACCUCUGCUCCAUUUAAUUCCUCUGAAUUUUGUUUUGGGAUUCCUGUCAGUGCUGCCUCUGUGCUUGUUUGCUAUGCAGAUUUACCAAGCUGCUCUGGAUUUGAUUUACAGAUCUCCCUUGCUCCACAGAACUCAUUUUGUCAAUUAGUAUCAUUCAGUAUAGUUACCUUUUUUGUCCUUAAUGUCACUGAAUUUGCCCGGUCACUUAGGCUGCACACUACAAAUAAAACCUUUUUGUUAAAGCAGAUAUCUGAAGGGGAUUUCCUUGCUUUCCCUGCUUUGCAGUGUCCUCUCUGCUUUCUGUUCCCUCCUAGCAUUCUUAUCAGCGCCCAGUUAGGAUUUCCCUUUUCUCUCAAGUUUUUUCCACAGGCUGGGAAAGGCUUUCAAACCACUUUUGUAGGAAGAAUCUUGCUCCUGAGCAGGCCUGGCAAGCAGCUGGACAAUCCACCCACCUCUUAAGGGAUAACAGUGACUGUUAAAUGGGCUUUCUGACCUGGCAGGUCAGAGAUUAAGAGCAAGUUUGCAGGAUGUACAGCAAGUCAAGCUUCCUUCCCACAUGGCAAAUUGGGCAAGUGUGUUAUGGCACAGAUAGAGGCAUUUGCUAAGUGAUGUUUUAAUUACAGGUAAAUUGGAGAAUUCUUUUUUUGGACAAUUCAUAAAUGGAGAGGAAGCAAAUCUAAUGGCUAUGUCAUUGUUUUUAUCAUUCAAGAUUUAUGCUUCAACU